UUUUAAUGUUUUUAUUUUUUUAUUUUUCGGAUUUUUUAAUUUAAAUUUAAUUAUUGUUCGAUUUUUAAGAUCGGACCGAGAUGAUCGGUUAUCGCGAUUUUUCUCGGUUACCGUUGGUUUUUUAACCCUAACACAACUCGGAACAUAUUCGAAUCUCAAGCCGACCACCCCCACCAAACCCUAACUCCAGCCACCACCACCAGCCAUGGCGCCGCCUUCGGCGGCGGGGCCCGGCGACGACGGGCUCCGGAAGCUGGAGUACCUCUCCCUGGUAUCCAAGGUGUGCUCGGAGCUCGAGACCCACAUCGGCGUCGGCGACAAGGUGCUGGCCGAGUUCAUCACGGAACUAGGCCGCGAUUCCGCCUCCGUCGCAGAGUUCGACGCCAGGCUCAAGGAGAAGGGUGCCGACUUCCCUGACUACUUCGUCCGCACGCUCCUCACCAUCAUUCACGCCAUCCUCCCGCCGCCCUCCAACCUUAGCUCCGCCGCCGCUGGCGGGAAGCAGGGCGACGGUACCACCAAGUUCCCCGGACUCUCCCGCCCCGACGACCCCGACCACGCCCGCAACCUCCGCCUCGAGCUCGAGCGCGACGCCGAUGCGUCCGCCGCUGUCGACCGCGCCCCCGCCAGGGAUGACUGCGACCGCCGCCGCGACGGGCGAGGCCGGGACCGGGACCGCGACCGCAACCGCGGCAGCCGUGACCACGACAGUGACCGUGGUGGCCGGGACCGCGACCACGGCCGCGGCGGCCGUGACCACGACCGCGACGGCCGGGAUUGGGAUCGAGAUCGCGACCGUCAUUAUGGCCGUGAUAGGGAUCGGGACCGGGGCCGAGAUUGUGAUGGUGACUGGCAUCGUGAUCGGGAUAGAGACCAGGACAGGGGAAGGGACAGAGACACAGAGAGGGAUAGAGAUAGGGGCCAGAGGAGGAGCAGGAGGUAUGAGGACGAGGAGGAAGAGGAGGAGAGGAAUGUGGGGGGAAAGGGGUGGGAGGUUGCUGUGGUGAAUCCCAGCGGGGAGCCGGAGCUGUACCAGGUGUACCAAGGGAGGGUGACCCGAGUGAUGGACACUGGGUGCUUUGUCAGGCUGGAGGAUGUCCGCGGAAGCCGCGAGGGCCUAGUGCAUGUCUCGCAGAUGGCGAGCAAGCGGGUGGCCAAUGCAAAGGAGGUGGUGAAGCGUGACCAGGAGGUGUAUGUGAAGGUAGUUUCAGUGAAGGGGCAAAAGUUAAGUUUGUCUAUGCGGGAUGUGGAUCAGGAUACAGGGAAGGACCUCCUGCCAAUGCAGCGUGGCAGGGAUGAUGCACCAAGGGCAAACCCAUCAGGUGGCAAUGCUGGUCAUGGGGGAUCUGGCAGGAGGUUGGGACUAUCAGGGAUUAUUAUCACGGAGGAGGAUGAGGCUGCGCCUGCAUCACGGCGGCCGCUCAAGCGGAUGAGCUCUCCAGAGAGAUGGGAGGCAAAGCAGCUGAUUGCUUCUGGUGUUCUGGAUGUGAGGGAUUACCCAAUGUUUGAUGAGGAUGGGGAUGGUAUGAUGUACCAGGAGGAAGCUGCAGAGGAGGAGCUUGAGAUCGAGCUCAAUGAGGAUGAACCAGCAUUCUUGCAGGGGCAGAGCAGGUUUUCAAUUGACAUGUCACCUGUUAAGAUUUUUAAGAAUCCCGAGGGUUCAUUAAGCCGAGCAGCAGCCCUACAGUCUGCCCUCAUAAAGGAGCGUCGUGAGGUUCGGGAACAGGAGCAGAGAGCAAUGCUGGACUCGAUCCCCAAGGAUUUGAAUCGACCAUGGGAGGACCCGAUGCCUGAUACAGGUGAGCGACACCUUGCUCAGGAGCUGAGAGGUGUUGGUCUUUCAGCUUAUGACAUGCCAGAAUGGAAGAAGGAGGCCUAUGGAAAGGCUCUAACUUUUGGGCAAAGGUCGAAGCUUUCAAUGCAGGAGCAGAGGCAAUCUCUUCCCAUAUUCAAGUUGAAGAAAGAACUGAUACAAGCUGUACAUGACAAUCAAGUUUUGGUUGUUAUUGGAGAGACUGGUUCUGGGAAGACAACACAGGUGACACAAUAUUUGGCUGAGGCAGGUUACACCACAAGGGGUAAAAUUGGGUGUACUCAGCCUCGCCGGGUUGCCGCAAUGUCUGUUGCAAAGAGAGUGGCAGAAGAAUUUGGAUGUCGGCUGGGAGAGGAAGUUGGUUAUGCCAUCCGUUUUGAGGACUGUACUGGGCCAGACACAGUGAUAAAGUACAUGACUGAUGGUAUGCUUCUGCGUGAGAUUCUAGUUGAUGAAAAUCUUUCCCAGUAUUCAGUUAUCAUGCUUGAUGAAGCCCAUGAAAGGACCAUCCACACAGAUGUGCUCUUUGGUUUGCUGAAACAGCUUAUUAAGCGUAGAUCUGACAUGAGGCUCAUUGUUACUUCCGCCACCCUGGAUGCUGAGAAAUUCUCAGGAUAUUUCUUUAAUUGUAAUAUCUUCACAAUUCCUGGAAGAACAUUCCCAGUGGAGAUACUCUACACUAAACAACCAGAGAGUGAUUACUUGGAUGCGGCAUUGAUUACUGUGCUGCAGAUUCACUUGACAGAGCCAGAAGGAGACAUCCUCCUGUUCUUGACUGGACAAGAGGAAAUUGACCAUGCCUGCCAAUGUCUAUACGAGAGGAUGAAGGGGCUAGGGAAGGAUGUUCCAGACCUGAUAAUUUUGCCUGUCUAUAGCGCCCUUCCUAGUGAGAUGCAAUCAAAGAUCUUUGACCCAGCUCCACCUGGUAAGAGGAAAGUUGUUGUGGCCACCAAUAUUGCUGAAGCUUCUUUGACAAUUGACGGCAUAUAUUAUGUUGUGGAUCCUGGUUUUGCCAAAAUUAAUGUUUAUAAUUCAAAACAAGGGCUUGAUUCAUUGGUCAUCACUCCAAUUUCGCAAGCAUCUGCGAAACAAAGAGCAGGGCGUGCUGGGCGUACUGGCCCUGGCAAGUGUUAUCGCCUAUACACUGAAAGUGCCUACCGGAAUGAGAUGUCCCCCACUACGAUUCCAGAAAUUCAGAGGAUAAACUUGGGGUCUACAGUUCUUAAUAUGAAGGCGAUGGGAAUAAAUGACCUAUUGUCCUUUGAUUUUAUGGAUCCACCAGCACCUCAAGCACUGAUUUCUGCCAUGGAACAGUUGUACAGCCUUGGUGCUCUUGAUGAGGAGGGCCUUCUAACCAAACUGGGGAGAAAAAUGGCAGAAUUUCCACUGGAUCCUCCACUUUCAAAGAUGCUACUAGCUAGUGUUGACCUUGGAUGCACUGAUGAGAUACUGACUAUCAUAGCAAUGAUUCAAACAGGGAAUAUAUUCUACAGGCCUCGAGAAAAACAAGCUCAAGCUGAUCAAAAGAAGGCUAAAUUUUUCCAGCCAGAGGGGGAUCAUCUUACUCUACUUGCUGUAUACGAGGCUUGGAAGGCAAAGAACUUUUCAGGGCCCUGGUGUUUUGAAAACUUUGUUCAAUCAAGAUCAUUAAGGAGAGCGCAGGAUGUAAGGAAGCAGCUUCUCACUAUUAUGGACAGAUAUAAACUUGAUGUCGUCUCUGCUGGGAAAAACUUCACAAAAAUAAGGAAAGCGAUCACUGCAGGCUUCUUUUUUCACGCUGCCAGGAAGGAUCCCCAGGAGGGAUACAGAACCUUGGUUGAAAACCAGCCAGUGUACAUCCACCCUAGCAGCGCAUUGUUCCAGCGGCAGCCAGAUUGGGUCAUUUAUCAUGAGCUUGUGAUGACGACGAAGGAGUACAUGAGGGAGGUGACUGUGAUCGACCCAAAAUGGUUAGUUGAACUAGCGCCAAGGUUUUACAAGGGGGCAGACCCUACCAAGAUGAGCAAAAGGAAGAGGCAAGAGAGAAUUGAACCUCUGUACGAUAGAUACCAUGAGCCCAACUCAUGGCGUCUUAGCAAGCGCCGAGCUUGAUUGUGACUGUACGAUGUACUGUAUGUUUUUCUGCGCUGGUUGAUCACAUCCCAACUGACAAUUUUGGUGAAACUGUAAAUAUUUAUGCUAUGCUGUGUACCCUGUUGAUAGGGCGCAUGUAUUGUAGCCUCAGGAGUCAUGGUGCUAUUUUACAUGAGACUCUACCAUGAUUCUUUUGUUCUCCUUACCGCUAACGGUCAACAGUGGUUCAGUAAUUCAGUUUUGUCGUCUUGUUGAGAUAAAUAUUAAUAUUAAUCGGCUGCUAUCGA